AAAGGCUACGAGGACUGAAAUGAUGAGUAGCAGGACCAGUUUUUGACAAAGCAAAAGAAGGCCGGGCGAAGACGAGGAAAUGACAAAAGGCAGUAGAGCUAACACAAAGAAGAGGCGGGGCAAGACUGUUGGGUUACUUGAACGUGUUCAUUUGGGAGGGAGGCGGUGAAGGAAGGAGGAAGGAGUGAUUAGAGAAUAAGGUGCUGGAAAGUAGGGUGGAGUUAAAAAAAAAACACAGACACUGGAGUCCAGACAAACAGGUGCACUGACAGUCACACGGAGGAAAAACAAGACCAUGGAGACCUGAACCAGGACUUAACACUCAGCUAUGUGACUGACUACACUACCAAGAUUAGAACACCGCUGCAAACGAAAGGAUGUCUUCCAUAGGAAACGGAGACUUCCGCUGCACCCAAGGGGACACGCUAUGUGAGAUCCGCGUGUAUGAAAAAGAAGUCAUCAUCGUGCCCAUCCUGCUGCUGGCCAGCUUCGUGGUCACGCUGGUCUUCAUCCUCCUGCUGCGCUUCUGCCCAGAGAAGGUGGACCGCAUUCGUAUUAGCACCUUAAAGUCAUCCUCCAGGAGAGUGCUUCAUGGCAUUGACGCUCCUCCCGGCAUCAACGUGCUGGAGCACGAAAGCAUCGCCAUGGAUAUGCCCAGCACCUACUCCACCUUCCAGCCCCCCAGCACCUACCCAUCUAAACAGCUCUCUCUGUCCGUGGACUCGCCGCCUUUGUUGUCCAACACCCAACCUCAGCAGCCUUACAAGGCUCCCUUCACCCCGAUCGUCCAACCCAGAGAACUGCCACGCCAGAGGCUGCCAGAGUCCUUCAAUCUGGUCAGCCCGCUACGUGGCUCCUUCUCCUUGCGCUCUGACUCUACCGUGUCCCUGUACAGGGCACGCAUGGAGAACCGGAACGUGGUCCUGCGGGUGCUAAAUGACUCUGCAGACGCCACAGAGAGACAUACCUUCCUGGGCUUUGCCUCCUUUCUGGCCCAGCUGGGACCCCAUCCUUUCUUGCCAGAGCUUCUGGGUGUCGUCUCACUGCGAGCCCCUCUCGUGACUGUAGUGGAGGAGCUGGAGAACACAGAUCUGCUCAGCUUCCUGUGGAGGUGCAGACAGGUGGAGGAAAACCUGAAUCCUCCAUGUGAAAUGACUGAAAGGAGGAUAUUUACCAUGGCUCAGCACGUGGCCUCAGCACUGAUGUUCCUCCACAGCAAAGACAUCCUGCAUGGAAACAUCCGUGCUCGGAGCGUCCUGGUGAGCAAACACCACACGGCCAAGCUUUGGGGCCUCCACGGCGUCUACAACCGCAAGAACCAGGCAGCCACCCAGAAGGACAAUACCAGCAUGAAGAAGUGGCAGGCGCCCGAGAUAUUAGCCAGGAGAACCGCUGGUCCCAGCAGUGAUGUUUGGUCUUUUGGCAUCUUACUCUACGAAAUGGCAACAUUGGGAGAAGCUCCAUUCGCAGAGCUCCCUGUCAAUGAGCUCCUGCAGUUUCACCAGCGAGGGAAGAGUUUGAAAAAGCCUUCCAGCUGCUCCAACUCAUUACACUCCAUAAUGAAGGGCUGCUGCCAGUGGAAAGAUGCCGAUCGACCCACGCUGGCUGAGUUGAGCCGCAAACUGGUGUCGGGGGAGAAGAGCGCCUCGGAUAAAGUCCUCAAGGUGUCGGGGCCGGUCAACAUCGAGCAGUAUCUGCAGGAGGCGGGAUACGGGGAAGCAAACAGCUACACCGUCUUCUGACCAAAACAAAUAGUCUAUACACUUUCUUGUGCACUUUUGUCUUUUGGAGACUGUUACAUGUUGUUAGUACAUGAAGGAAAAACAUACAAAGGUAUCAAUACUCAAGACUUUUAUUAUUAAGCUUGCUCUUUUCUCUAUGAAAACAUGUUUAGUGGAGGAAACUGAUGUGAACUUGAAAGCUGUUCAGCUUGUUAGUGGAUGCCGUGGGAUGAUGGUUUACCUGCCUUGUUUACCAACCUCCUCCUAGCCAAGUAGCAGAACAUAUGAUGUUAUCUAUGCUUCCAUGUUGAAGGAGACAAUGUGAAUAAAUAAUCAUCAGUCUGAA